AUUAAUUGUGUUAUUUCUUUGAAAAGAUAACAUGUAUUGCAUUACAGGUUUCAUGGAUAGUAGAGCUGUGUUAACUCUUUUAAUGUAGUGACUAUUUGAUUGAGUAUUUAUGUUUCUGUUUAAAUGUUUUUGGUGCAUUUUUCUUCGUCUUUAAUUUUAAUUAUUUUAUUAUAUUCAUGGUCAAAACAUAUUUAAUAUUAUUUGUUUAUUCACAAAUAACUAGCGUUUUACUAUAUUAGUCGCUUCACGCACAUAUUACUUUAUCUUUUGGUUCGCCGAGAUCAAGUAGUAAAAUGGGACAUGUUUGUGCUGUAGAAGGAUGCUACAGUUCACGAUGUGAUAAGACAAAAAAAUCAUUCCACUCAUUCCCUACGGACGAAGUGAGAUGUCGACAAUGGAUCCAUGUAAUUGGUCGCAGUGACUUAGAGAAAUGUGAUAUAAAAACAAUCAAUAGGACUCAGCGUAUUUGUUCUCUCCAUUUCGAUCCAACUGAUUUUUUUAAAAAUAAAUUAACAAUAAUUGCUGUUCCUACUUUACAUUUGCCUACACUAGAUUUGUGUAACCCAACAACAAAAUCUACACAAGUAGAUUUUGAUUGUCAAACUUGCAAAGUUGUAAAUCAAUACACAUACAAUUGUAAUCAAAUGACAAAACACACACAAACAGACGUCACUUGUAAAAAAUGCAAGACUCAAAUAGAAACCCUGACAACUUCAAGAUCUAGUAUUAAUCUGACACAUGAUCAGUGGACACAGACUCGACAAAAUCUUUCUAGAAAUAUUUAUAAAAAGAAAAAAGUUGAGAGAUAAUUAAAUUUUAAAAGAUGCUGAAUCUGGAUUUUAUGUUAAGAAGAUUUACAGUGAAGAUGUCGACAAUGGAUCCGUGCAACUGGUCGCAGUGAUUUAAAGAGGUACAACAUAAAAACGCUCCAUAAGAAUCAACGCAUCUGUUCUCUACAUUUUGUUCCAUCAGAUUUUUUUAAAAGCAAAUUAAUACAAGUGGCAAUACCUUCUUUAAAUUUACCGAAACGAACAUUAAAUGAUAAUCAAUUAAGUAUAGGCACACAAACAGAUGUUGAUUUCGUAUGCCGACUUUGUGAGACUACUAAAGAUAGUACAUGCAAUAGUAAGGAACUGACAAAAUGUACUCAGACUGACGGGGAUUUCAAAUGUCGAAUUUGUGGGUCUGAAGUGGCAGCGUUGGCUUCCACAGCUAAUAAAAAUAUGACACAUAAUCAAUGGGUACAGACUCAUGAAAAUUUUUUUACAAGUGCUAAGAGAAAAAGAAAAUUGCACAAGUAAUUUACAUACAAAUGUAUGCUAUAAAAUUGUUUAACAAUCGUAUACUAUAUCAAAACUUGUUAAAAACUUAUUUAGACAAUCAGAAGAUAACGUCCGCUUGAGUAACAAAAUAUAUAAUGAGCGUGCAAGAAUAUAAUUAAGAUGACUGUACGUACGACAAGGUUUAAAAAUAAAUGCGACACAAAAAUGUGACAAAGAUAAGCUGAUACAAAAGUCACUAUCUAAAUUACAAUGGUCAAAUGACUUACCCUUUAUUUGCGAAAUUCCUCUAACUGACUUACAACGUACUCAGAUCGCUCAGUUUCCUAAAGUAUAUUUAGCAAAGAAAUAAAUUAGAGAAGCGCAACCACUCUUUGGAAUCAACUUCCAGUAGCAGUAUUUCCGAACCGAUACGACAACAUAUCCUUUAAGAAAAGAGCAUAUUCCUUUUUAAAAGGCACACCUGCAAUGCCGUUGGUGUUGUAAGUGAUCAUGGGCGGCGGUAGUCACUUACCAUCAAGUGAGCCGCAUGCUCGUUUGCCCCCUGUGUUGUAAAAAAAAGACGCAGUAGUUAGUGAAAUUAAGAAAAAUAUCCUUAAUAAGGAAAUGCUAAGAGGAACCAUCACACACCUAUAAGUGUGUAAAAAAAUUUCUAACUUAAUAUUUUGAAGACAAAAACGUGAAUUCAUGUUUUUAAAAAUUGAUCAUUAGUGAUAUAAUAAGUAGUGCGCUUUCAUAUGAAGAAUUUUUGUCGCUUUUUACCUAUAUAAUAUCACAGUGAAAUAAAAUAAUUGAAUAUUGACUUAAAAGUUACCAUAUGUCCUAAUAUUUAUACUGUGUUUUUGGGAAUAAAAAGAAGUUCCUAUCUAUUUUUCCCUGUUUUAUUCAUCCCAAUCCAUACAAUUUUGUAACCGUUGGCAAUUUUUUUUUUAAGAUUUAAGGAAUCUUUUUGCUAAAUGCUGAGGAAUAUUGUUAAGUUUAAUGAAUGAAUGAAUAACUUUAUUUGCUAUUAUAUAUUUUAUAUAUAAAUAUAACUCGACAGUCAAAGUAUUAUUGUAAUCAAUUGAUAUAAAGGAAGAGUUAGGAGUCUCCAAGAGAUGCGUGCGUGUAUGAGAUGAGUUAUGAAAGUAAUUGAAGCUAUGAGAAGCUAAGGGCUAUAGGAAUUACAGGCACUCAUUAUAAUAGAUAGAUAUAUAAUUUAUUUGCAUUUCUUACAGCACACAAACACCAACAGACACAAAUGCAAAGUAAAAAAGAUAAAAAAAAGCUACAUGCACAAAAAAUUAAAAAAAAAAACAAAAAAUCAGAAUGCAUAAAAUUAGUCACAAUUUUUUUUUUCUUCAUGCGUGUGCCACAAAAUGGCCACAACUCAGCUUUUUGCUUUGUCCUAAAAAGAGCAAAACGCUGAUAUUCUGUUGUGGCAAAAAGUGAGCCGCGAAAUACCACUGAAAAAAAAGAAUAAAAAAAAGGAAGAAAUAUAGAUAAAAUACAUUGUGUGCGUUCGUUAUAUUCGCUAUUUAGAAAAAGGUAUUAUCAUAAGUAUUAUAAUCAUAAUACUUAUGAUAAUACUCUAGUUCUUAGAAAUGGCAACACAUGAGCAAUACUAUGAGUGUUUCAGUGUAUUCAGUGAUGUUUAUAGGCGACGGGUUACUGCUUUCCUUCUGGUGUGUCUUUUUAAUGGGUGAUAAUGGAAUGGUAACCCCGCCUGCGCUAUCGGUAUACACUGGCUGGGCACCAGUGAGGGAUGAUAGGUGAAGAUGAAAGCAGGUUUGUUAGCUCAUCGUGACGAAUUCUACUAGAAUUAAUCACGAUGAUUUCCAGGGGAACUGCGUGGAGGUCGACCUGAUAGGGUGCAUUGCUGGCAAUGGGUCAGUUAAACCCUACUACUAACAAUUCUUCCCCUCCUCCCUUCAGGUAUUCAAAGGUGCCAUGCAAGUCUCCGACAUGGUGCUCCCGGAUCUGCCGCUUGGCGUAGUUGGUUUCUAUACAAAUGAGACAGUGCCGCGCUCGCAGCCAGUUAUUGGUAUAGCUUUCAGCUCUUGUAUACACAUGUAUCGCAAUAUGAAGAUUUUCUACAAGUACUAUUUGCCAACUGUCGAGUUUAAUACAUGCGAAAUGGAGGUUUGGAAACAAUUAAUGGAUCCCCUGAACCACAACACUGAAGUCAUAGCAGCGCUCACGGAGAGUUUUAAGUCUAUACCUGAGAAAGUGCUCAGUACGCAAUCAAGGAACUUCUUGGCAAUGAGUGAAGAUCAGCAGCUAGAAUACUUGGAGCACUUGACCGAGCUGCCCAGUAGGAAGGUGCCAGAGAUAGCUUGCAUAGCGACCCUCAAGAUGCAAUCGGUGGAUCGGUACUCAGUCAGCUGUUUGGUGGUCGGCUCUGAAGAUGGAGAAGUCAUUGUGCUAGAAACUCAAACGUUCACACAAAUUGCUCAGGCCAAAGUUUGUACUGUUAAGAAAACACCAUGCUAUAUGGUGACCACUGGGCUGUUUAACGUUGACUACAGAAUUACGAUAGCGACAAGAGAAAAAUCCGUAUGUGUUCUGAAAAGGGAGUGGCCCGAAGGUCGACUGUUGUUCAGCACCGAUGAGCACAUCAUAGCGAUGGAGGUGAUGACAGCAGACAACAGUAUCAUGGUCAUUUGCACUGAUCACACCAUGGCGUGCUAUAGCAAAAAGGGCAAAAAGCAAUGGUCCAUGAACUUGGAGCACAGGCCGGUCGCGAUGACCUUGGUGCCGGUGGUGCACCUGGGUGUUACGCUGACCGCGGUCGCGCUCGCGUCCGGGCAUGUCCACCUCUACGACGGGAAGGCGCGUCGGGACACGUUGUUCGUACGAGAUGUUGUAUCAGUAAUGAAAUUCGGUCAGCUGGGCCAAGAGGAGCACGUGUUAAUAAUUGUGACUGGUGGUGGAAAUUUAAUGCUGAAGAUACUGAAGCGCACCGCAGACUUUAACGCGCACUCCGCCGGCGUGGAGGCGACAGCGAGCGCAGCUAUCGCACAGAAACCGUGGCUCAUACCCAAGAAGUCCAAAUUGUUCCUGGAGCAGUCCCUUAGGGAGAGGGAGAAUGCGGGAAUGAUGCACGAGGUGUUCCAGUUGGAGCUAAACAGAUUGCGGUUGCUGGCCGCCAAGACGCUUCUAGAAGCACACAUGAAGUGUGAUAACUCGAUAGGGUCGGGCGCCAUGGAACCCGUUCGACUCACAGCUGAGGUGGAAGGCCUCGGCCCCGUGUUCCGUGUGGGGCUCAUUAUUGAGAACACAUCUUCAGAUAAGGCGGUGAUCGGACUCUCGAUACUGUUUCAUGUCCACACCAGUAAUUACAAGGUCUCCCACCCGUAUAUAAAGGUACCACUUAUAUCUCCAGGGUCAAAACUGAAGUUUCCCACCAAAGUGGAGGAAGUGUUUGAAGAGAAUAUAAAUCCUGACGUGUUCUUCCGCACUGUGACCGGGCAGGGCGGAGAGGCGGCGCUAGUCAAGGUGCUGCUGCUGAAGCAUGGGAGAUCGGCCCCGGUGCUCGCUGCUACGGUUCAGAUGCCUCCAACCGAUCCCAUGAUGUUACCAUAUGAGAAAUUGCAGAGCACACAGAAUUUUGAACAUAAUACAUAAUAAAAAUGUUUUAAAACAAAUAAUUUGUUUCA